CUUUUUAUUAUUCUCUUUUAGUUAUUUUAUUUGUAUUUUCACUUUUUUAUCUUAAAAAUAGCAUGAAAAAAGUCCACCAUGAACUAGCAAUCAACCAUCAGCGUGCUCACUCUAUGCCAGUUGGUCCGUUUUAUCACAGUAAUCCAUACUCCCAGUCAAAAGAAUUACUAAAUACAACAACAAUUCCUAACAAACGAAGACACCCUAUCAGUAUUGAAGAUGGUUUACUUUUUAAUCUAACUCAAGUUCAUGUACCUUUGUAUCAACAAGAUCAAUCUACUCUUUGUCAAGUGGAACUCAAAUGCAAAGUAGAUCGAGGAUUCUUCUUAUGUGAAGAACAUUGGACGUGUUAUCGGCGCAAUUAUUUUCAACUUACUACUACCUUCACUACACACUGCAAUGAAAAUCAACCAUUCUAUAUACAACCACAGCAACAAAAACAGCAGCAACAACAACCUACACCUCCUACUGAGGGUGAAUUUUCUCACAACAACAACAACAACAAUUCAACUGAUUCUUUGGUACCUGUUCAGGCAUUUUAUAUUCAAUUAGCAGCAUCAGCAUCAGAUGGGAACAAAGGUGUUGGAUUAAUUCAAUUAACGGCAAAACGUGAUAAAGGUCCUCAACAAGUACCUUGUAUGCAACCAAUUCAACCUGGAGGUGGACUUCCUUUACACUAUCCUCACGACAACUCCCAACGUACUGUUACCUAUGAACGUCUACAAUUCAAAUCAGCUACUGCAAAUAAUGGAAAGAAACGUGCUACUCAACAAUUCUUUUAUUUGACUGUCCAACUCAUUGCCCAAGAUAUCAAUCAAUGUCAUCACAUCAUUGCAACUAGUCAAUCUGCUCCUUUGGUUGUUCGAGGAAGAAGUCCUGGUCAUUAUGCUGAUACUGAACAACGCAUUCAACGUCACCCAUAUACAAAAUCAUCGACUAAAAUCAAAAGGAAAAAGGAGAAUCAACAACAAACUUCUGAAAACGAUAUUCAUGUAUCUAUACCUCCUUCUCCAUCUUCUUUAUCACCUAUCCCAAUGCCUGUGAUCAAUUCAGCUAUAGAUACGGCAUCAUCAAAACAAACUUCUUUUAUUCAACACCAUCAUCCAACUCAAAAUCAAUCUGCAACAUUACCUCCAACCACUACUUCUCCUUCGACUUCUAGUACAAACACAACUCGAUCCAUAUCAUCAUCAUCAUUAUCGUCCACAUCGUCCACCAUCAUCCCACCCACCAUACCUAGUGAUGCGUCUUCUUCUUCAAUGUUUUAUAUGAAUGAUUUGCCCACUUCUUUCAAUCCUCAUGGUAGAUCUUUCAGUGCCAACGAUUCGGCAUGGCAUUUACGACAACAACAUCUCAAUAGUCAUCAUUCGCAACAUCGUUCAACUCAACAGCUACAAGAUACUUGGAGUGGAAUUCAUUUGAUGACACCUUCAUGGGAAGAUAGACACCGAACAGAUUCAACUGCUACCUUUGGAUCCUAUGUGACACAAGAAGAAUCCAUCAUGUCUCCACCGCCUUCUUCUUAUCGAACAGAUUUUCAUUCAUCAUCGCCUUCACCAACAACAUCUGGAACACAAACAUUGACUCAUCCGAUUCAACAAGGCAUUUCAUCUCAACAAUCUGCAUUUUCUUCUACCACCUUAUCAUCCAAGUCCAUCACAGAUGAUUAUAGACGUGAACGCACAUGCGAUAAUGACAAUGAACAACAUCAUACAACUGAUCUCUCCACUACUUAUGUACUUUAUCCAAAUACACCCUGGGACGCAAGACAACAUGGUCAGCUUACUGAUUACAAUCAAGAGGAAAACAAGCAAUGAUUGGACAAACCGGAUAUUAUUUUUACCCCCCUCCUUUCUCUAUCAUUGUUGUUGUUUGUAUAGUAUCAAUAUAGUUUCUCCCUUUCCUUUUUAUAAAUAUAUAUAUACAACUAUCUAUUGGGUCUUAUUUUUGUAGUAUUAGCAAUUGUAGUCUCUCCCUUUCCUUUUUUUUUUAUCAUUAUUUAUAUUCCUUCCUUUUUUUCGAAUUUCCCUUAUAAUAAGAAUACAUAUCAAUGUUUUAUUCUUAUUCGUAAAUCCGUCUUUUUUUUUUUUUGUUUGCUA